AUGCCUAAGAACAAGGGAAAGGGUGGCAAGAACAGGCGUCGAGGAAAGAACGAGAACGACAACGAGAAGCGCGAGCUGACCUUCAAAGAAGAAGGACAAGAAUAUGCACAAGUCCUCAAGAUGCUGGGCAACGGCCGCCUGGAAGCGCUGUGCUUUGACGGCGAAAAGCGACUAGCACACAUCCGCGGCAAGCUGAGGAAGAAGGUCUGGAUCAACCAAGGAGACAUCAUCUUGCUGUCCCUGCGCGACUAUCAGGACGAAAAGGGCGACGUCAUUCUCAAAUACUCUGCUGACGAGGCCCGUUCGCUCAAGGCCUAUGGAGAGCUUCCUGAAAGUGCCAAGAUCAACGAGACUGACACCUACGGCCACGAGGGCGUUGAUGAUAAUGUCGAGUUCGACGAGGACAGGGAUAGUGACUCCGACAAGGAGGUCGACAUUGAUGACAUCUAA